AUGGGCUUGCAAUUCCGUCUGUCCCGUGACACAUCGACACACGCACAAGUCGGUGGGGCUGGUCUAAUUGUCACAUUUCGCAAAGGAAUGCUGCGCCACUCAGACUCGAUCCUUGCUGGGAGCACUGCUGAGAUCGGAGCCAAUUGCAAGUUGAGGUUCAUUGCGAUUGCGAUUGGGAUUGGAAUUGGGUUUCAGAGGCGAGACGGAAUGAGCUACAUCGGCACCAUCAGGUCUGCUCGUAGCAAAGUGGGAAAAAGUACGUAUUUCAUUUCACAACUUGGGCGAGUAGAGAUUUGA